AAAGACCGAUACACAAUGGAACUGUUAUUUAUAAAUGCGCAAUGCAUCGCUGCACACGUACACGCCAGCGAGAGGGACGAGGUCGCCUCCAUGCAAUAAAGAAGAUCGGAAAAAGAUGUUACAUCUGUCAUUUGAACCCAUCCAUAUGUUGCCGAAGAUACUGUUGAUUUACAUGACUCUAGGGACCGUCGUUGCGUCGACCUCUUCCAAUGGAACAAUAGAGGACAUGCAGAGACUUAAUGACACGUUAUUUGACAGAUACACUUCCGAAUUCAGACCUGCUUUUUUCCUUAACCAGACAGUGGAAGUCUUCAUCCAAUAUAAGUUGUUUUCUGUCAUAUACUUCAACGCUAUUACUGGGACAAUCUCUUUGUCGGGAGCACUGCAGAUGAAUUGGAAAGACUACCGACUGGAGUGGAAUCCGGAAGACUUUGGUGGUGUUUCCGCAAUUCUGCUACCGGUUUCCCAGGUCUGGUACCCAAAGAUCGUUCUAUUGACAGGCAUGGACAAUAUACAACAAGUGGGAUCCGAAGACUUUGAUGUUCAUGUCGAUUUCCAUGGCCAUGUGAUGUGGGUUCCCGGAGGCGUUCUCAUGUCAUCAUGCCAAUCAAAUGUGCGUGACUUUCCAAGGGACUACCAAACGUGUACACUCAUCCUCAACAACAUGAUGUACGACAAAGAUGAUAUGAGACUUGUUCCCAGGACUGAAACAGUGGACAUGGACUUCUACAGAAAGAACGGUGAAUGGGACGUCAUAUGGACAAGAGUCUCGGACCAAGUCCACCGAUAUGAAACUUUGACAUACAUUUCAUUCUUUUCUAUUACGUUCGGUAUGAUUCGAAAAUCUGACUACUUCAUUAUCAACUUGCUGGCUCCGGUGGUAGUACUGUGCGUAUUAGAUGCCUUCGUGUUUCUGAUCCCCGUUGGAUCAAGCGACAGAGUUUCAUUUUCCUUAACCCUCUUUCUGUCACUGACAGUUUACAUGUCAGUGAUGGGAUCAUAUUUACCAUCGACCUCGGAUCCUUUGGCUGGAAUGACGUAUUUCUUGUUGGCGUCGGUAUUGCAUAGUACGAUGGUGAUUUUGAUGACAAUUGCAACUAUACGCUUAUAUGAAAGAGAACAUUUACCUGCCUGGUUGUUUCGUUUGUAUCGAUUUAUUUUUAGAAAAAACAGGAAAAGCAAAGAAAUUAAGUCUCCUGAUGACUCAUAUGAAAAUAUCCCAUUGGAGAAGAGAGCUAGCGAUUCUGCUGAAGACAAAAACUCAAAUGUUGUGACGAGACUCUCCUUGUUGAGCGCAUUAGACAAAUGUCUUUUCGCCAUUUCUUUGUCUUCAAUGGUACUGAUUUGCAUUGUAUUUUACAGUGUGUACCUUCAACACGACCAUACUCCGAAAUAACAUAUUGGUCAAAUACUGUUAAUAGGUUUCGAAAUAACCUUGUGACGAAAUUAAUUAAGCUAUGGUGUUAACCUAUGUUUAAGAUCUUUUUCACCUUCCUGACUUCACUUCUAUAUUUCCACAUGUUUGCCCCUAUCAUCGCUGACGAGUCGUUGAAGGCAGGAACAUAUGUAUGGUGCAUAUAUAUAGUCACUAUUCUGCCUAUACUGUAUAUAUCACUAAAGUGCUUUAUCGGUGAAAGAUUUUAUGUUAUCGAUAGAAAACAAGAAUGAUCUGUUGCACAUUUUCUUCAAUCCCAAGAUUAUAGAGUUACAGAAUCGUACCGCUCCAUAAGUUUUAAGUUUCUUUUUAUAUCAUCUAGAAGAAAUUCUACUGUACGCCGUAUCUAUAUUUUGAAUACAACUUUUGAUCUAAAAAAUGAUAGAAGGACUCUGUUAUAAAAUGAUUUCAUUGUGUAUCUUUUGACGGAGGGUGUGUGUGUUACAUAAAUGGGAGGCAUUUCAACCAAUAAAAAUGCUCCUAUAUCAUACUUUUAGGCAUUUGAUCAAAGUAAGAUGGACGCUUUUUUUUAUUUUACCCAUAUCUAGAGUUCUUUAUAGUGUCUAAAAGAAGAGUGUUUUCGAUGUUUAGAUUACCUCCUUAUAUGCCAUAUUUGAGUGAUAUCAUUCAUAAUAACCGUCAUUUGUAUUUCAAAAUAAAAACAGUGUUUAUACUUAUAAUAAUGUCAAAUCUGGUCAAACCAAUUUCAUAUAUUGUUCUUUAGACUCUUGUGAGCAAUAAGACAUGGCCAUUUUGUGCAAUAUAUGUGAUCCAAUAAGUUAAUUAUGUUCCCCUGAAAUAUGCAUUUUUUGCAUGUUUUGUUGAAAUCUACGAACAGCUUAAACAAAUUACAUGUCAACAGCAAGACUCAUUGUUUGUCAUUAUACACACUGAAAGUUAAACAAUUUACUUCUGUCAAACUGCACCAUAGUAGGAAUGUAUAGGUUUGUAAAAUAUCACAGUUUUGACUUGAUUUGCUGUUUAGAUGCCCCUUAAGUUUACGUGCAAGUUGGAUGUAUAAGGAGACGACUCAAAACAUUAAAAGAAUAGUACUAGUUACGUAA